GCGGGCCAGGUCGGGAAGAUGGCGCUGUGUGUGCUGCGGAACGCGGUUCGCGGAGCGGCGGCGCUGCCCAGGCUGAAGGUAUCCCUCGUGGCCAGGGUCUGCAAGCCUGGAUACAGCUCCUUGUCCAGUCACAAGUAUGUCCCUCGGAGGGCGGUGCUGUAUGUGCCUGGGAAUGACGAAAAGAAAAUAAGGAAGAUCCCAUCCUUGAAAGUAGAUUGUGCCGUGCUGGACUGCGAGGAUGGUGUUGCGGAAAACAAAAAGAAUGAAGCUCGAUUGAAAAUAGCAAAAACUCUUGAAGACUUUGACCUGGGCACAACGGAAAAGUGUGUGAGAAUCAACUCGGUAUCUAGUGGGCUGGCUGAAGCAGACCUGGAGACAUUUCUACAGGCCAGAGUUCUUCCCUCUAGUCUGAUGCUACCAAAGGUAGAAGGUCCUGAAGAAAUCCAGUGGUUUUCAGACAAAUUUUCACUCCACUUAAAAGGCCGAAAACUUGAACAACCAAUGAAUUUAAUCCCCUUUGUGGAGACUGCAAUGGGUUUGCUCAAUUUUAAGGCAGUGUGUGAAGAAACACUAAAGAUUGGACCUCAAGUGGGUCUUUGCCUAGAUGCAGUCGUUUUUGGAGGAGAAGAUUUUCGAGCCAGCAUAGGUGCAACAAGCAACAAGGACACCCAAGACAUCCUCUAUGCCCGACAGAAGAUUGUUGUCACGGCAAAGGCCUUUGGCCUACAAGCCAUAGAUCUUGUGUACAUUGACUUCCGGGAUGAAGACGGACUUCUCAGACAGUCAAGAGAAGCAGCCGCCAUGGGCUUCACUGGUAAACAGGUGAUCCAUCCUAACCAAAUUGCUGUGGUACAAGAACAGUUUACUCCAACCCCGGAAAAAAUUCAGUGGGCUAAAGAGCUGAUUGCUGCCUUCAAAGAACACCAGCAGCUGGGAAAGUUACACUGAAGCAUGGCCAGAACUGGCAGUUAAGUCUGGGUCAUUUGUGCUUUCUGAUAGUGGCAAUAGUGAAAAGUCCUGCCUUUUCUUCCCAUCUCUCUAAAUGACAGCCGCGGGAAGGCUUAUAUCACGAGCAGGUGAGUUGUCAAGGCUCAGACUUUGAUCAUUCCGUGUUCCUUUCUCUUAGCAGUUCCAUGGAAAUUAAGUCCGAUGCUCUUAGUAUGAGAACAUGUGAAAAACAACUUACCCUAGAAAAAUAAUGAUAUCAGCUCACCUCUUGUAUUUGACAGGUAAUGAUAUUCAAAAGAUAGGUUGAGAUGAACCAGUUUUACUUGGCACAGCCGUCCCUAUUGAUAAGAAUGGAAGCAGCUGGCUAAAAUUUGGAACUUUAGCUGGGUUUCUCUUAUUAAAAUCUGUUACUAAAAGGUUAUUCAGCGUAAGUUCUAUUCCUGUUUUUGUUCCCAGGAAGUAAAGUAUUUAUAAUUAACUGACAUUAUUAUCCAGACAGACUCUUUCUUCCUUCCAGAAAAACUGUACUCUGAGAUACAACCUGCAAAUCAUAAGUUCUUCUGCUGCACUUGGUAAACUAUGUUAGCUGGGAUAAAUCAUUUCCAUGUGAUUUGCUUUAAAAGUAUAAAGGGUUUUCUUUAAAAUUAUCCAUUUGUCAUUUAUAUAUCAUUUUUUUCAUCAUGGAGAUUUUGUAAUAUCUAGAAAUUCCCCAUUCAGAACUGGAUUUAGUGUUUGUUUAAUGAAGAAACAUCUUUCUUGUUUUACUUUCUUCUUCUUCUUCUUCUUUUUUUAAUCCACUAAGAAUUUUACAUGAUGUAAAAACUAGAUAAUUACAAUGGGAACUUCUCAAGUCAUUAGUUACUGUUGGGAUCAACAGAAACUGUAAUUACACAGAAUUUAGUACCUAUAAAAUAUGUAUUAGUACAAUAUAUGAAAGCAUAUUUGACCCUGUGUAUUUUUCACGUCUGAAUUAUGAUGUUGCUGCUAAGGCUUUCCCCUCAUUCAUCGCUUGUUGGACAAAGAUGACAGCUCGAGAAACAGCUCGUUGCUUUCUAAAAAUGAUUACUAAUCAAAGAAAAUCUUUUUUUUUUCAAUAUGUAGAAACAUAGAAUUCUUCGUGAACUUUCAUGUCAUCUGUGCAGAAGGGCAAAGCUAAUUUUCUCAGUGUCUUUCCAGUUUUAGUAUUUGUGCUGCUGAAGGAAGCACAAUCAAAGGAAAUCUUAACACUUCUUUCCGACAUGAAGAGUCUGAAGGAAUAGCAGAUACAUGCAUCGUAUUUAUGAUGAAUUUCCUGCUGUAUCUGGCUACAAACCUGAGUUUUGAUUCCAUUUUCAAGGCGAUCUCUUUUUAAUCCCAUCACUGCCCUGAGUGGGUCAUGUGGGUUUGGAAGGAUUUGGGUUGAACAUUUUUAGCAGUUUUCAUUCAUUACAGCUUCACAAGCUGACUAAACACUGAAGGAGGGGGAGUAUUCAUUCAGGAUCUAGGUCCCAUUAACAGUUAUAAAGGUCGUCAAGACAAGGUCAGUAUCACGUAACUGGAACAUUCCUGUUUCACUCAUGAAGGAGCAAUAGUGUGGACUAAUGAGCUGACAUUAAUAAACACUUCCUAUGCGGGGAACAUCAAUUACAAGUGAUCUCUUAUGAACGCAUAAAAGAGUUGGUUCCUUUUCCUCUCGUACUACUGCCAGCUGUACUAAAUCGCCCCUUCCAAAUCCAGAAGGCAAGCGGUUUUCAUAGGUGUGUUCGCAGCUGCACACCUUUCCUUUAUGCUUCCAAGUGCCGAGGAGCUUUACAAAAAGAAACACUGUUGGAUCCAGAUGACUCUCUUGAAGGCUCCCCGAGAGAACUCUGGAGAAAUCUCCCCAGCCAAAAAUAUUGUUCCCACUUGCUCAAGCGCCCUAAAGCCCACUGCCACCCUUUCACACAGAUCAAACAAACCAUCUAAAGACUUGGUUGUUGUCUUUGUCAACGGAAAGAGUUGAGCCACUAAGCAAUGCCGGUGUGUCCCCGUCCACACCCAGCCACCCAUCCCACCACUUACACAGCCUUUCCCAUCUAUUUCUGAACAGUAACAGUUGAGCAGCACCCGGUGAAUCCAGGUAAAAGGGAAAGACUGGGCAGGGAUCUACUUCUGAGAUUCCUGUUAAUUGCUUUCUCCCUUUAUGUCCCUGUUCAUUUAGAGUCCCUGUAUGCUACAUCAGCUCCGAAAAGUCAAGCCCUUAGGAAAUCUCAGGGCACCAAUGAAGACUUUAUGACAGACUUGAUAUAUACCAAAUUACAAUUAAAAGAGAAAAGAAAAGAAAGUCACAUUUAAAGCAUGAAAGUGAAUUUCCCCUACUGCUUAUAACUAACUACAUCAUUUUUAGAAGCAAAUGACCACUCCAGUAUUAAGGGAGAAGAGAAUUUUGGUUUGGUUUGGUUUGGUUUUUAUUUUUAUUUUUUUAUAGGUUAGGUUUGGUAACUUUUUAAAUUAUUGGUUUCACCUUUACUAUGAUGCUUUAAAACCUAUUCUUAAAGGUAGUAUAGCAAAACAGCUUUACUUUGUAUUCACAUUUUCCCCUACAUCUAAAAAAACUUUUUUAAAAAAAUAUUAUUCUUGUUGCUGGGUAAAUCCCAGAAAUCUUAUUGUCAGACCUAAAACCCCAAAAAGGGUUUGGAAAUCAUUCACAUGUAAGGUAGUUAUAAAGCUGUGACUGCCAUUCUUAAAUAAAAUAGUACAAAUGUGGUUUCUUCCAGAUAACAGUAAAUACACAAAUGACAGACUGUAUAUGAUUUUUUUUUAACUUUGUGUUUGUGGGUGUGAUGUGUGUCUGCGUGUGGGUAUUGUGCUGGUGUGCAUGCUGGUGUGUGCACGUGUAAAAUGAGGGAUCAUUAUCAGACGUCUUCCUUUCUCAUUGUCUACCUUAUUUUUCGAGAGGUGUUCUCUCACUGAGCCUGGAGCUUGUUAUUUUGCUAGACUAGCAGACCAGCAUACUCUGGGUCCUCCCAGCUCCAUCUCCCCAGCACUGGGGAUGCAAACAUGUACCACUGCCUGCAGCACUCGGUUUUUACAUGCAUAUGAGGAAUCUGAAUUCAGUUCUUCAUACCUGUGCAGAAAGACUUUGCCCACUGAGCCGUCUCCUCAGCCCCCAAUAAAAUCUUAAAAGUAUUUCCAUUAUAAUCAAAUGUGAAUAGGGGAGUUCAGAUGUGUACACAGACAGACUUCUAAUCUUGAACAAAACGCAACAAGGAGAGAAGGAACGGCCUCUGGGCGCUCAUCCCACCUUCCCUGAGAUCAAAUCCCACAUGGUUCAGCCCCUUCAUUCCCAGUCAUGUCCUGACCCUGCCCAUCCACCCUGCCCCUGAAGGCCUCUUGAUUGGCUAGACAUCGGGGUAAUAUGGCAUUUACUGUUGAGCUUUUUGUCAGCAACUUCGGCUUAUAUUUGAUGUGGAAUACUGUUCGGUUGAUUAGUUGGUUACUCAGUAAGUACCUAGGAUGACUUCUGGUCCCCACUUCCACCUCCAGGCUGGAGUUUACGAGCAGCCCUAGUUUUAUGUGGUACUAAGGACUAAGCCCAGGUUUCCAGGUUUGACUUUGCUAGGCAAGCUUUCCAACAAUGAGCUAUAUCUCCAGCCCACCAUGAAGUAUUCUAAACUAAAUCAAAAUAUUUACAAA